GAGACUCUUCCUGCUUGGCUGCACUUUGCAAAAGGAAGGAAGAAUGUGGGUCAUGUAAAAUAGAAGUUUUGAAUCAGAACUGGUUGGGUCUUUGUGAAGGGCUGUCUUAAAAAACCCCUCUUCCCCAAUAUCUGCGGAUACAAGCUGCGAAAAUGAAGCAAGAAGAGGCACGUCCUCCAUUGGUCCCUGUUAAGGGGAUCCCCAUGAUAAAGUAUUUUGCAGAAAUCUAUGAUGAAGUGGAAAGAUUUGAAGCACAUCCAGAUGAUCUACUGAUCUCUACAUAUCCCAAGUCUGGGACCACCUGGGUCAGUGAGAUAAUAGACAUGAUCUACAAAGAAGGCAGUCUGGAAAAAUGCAAAGUUCAGCCCAUCUACAUGCGAGUCCCUUUCCUGGAAUUUGCUGUACCUGAUGUCCCUACAGGCAUUAAACUGCUUAAGGAAGUACCCCGUCCAUGUCUAAUUAAAACCCACCUUCCUGUCCAAAUGCUCCCCAAAUCCUUCUUGGAAAAGAACUGCAAGGUUAUCUAUGUGGCCAGAAAUGCCAAAGAUGUGGCUGUCUCAUACUAUUACUUCUACCAAAUGGCAAAAGUACACCCAGAGCCUGGAACAUGGGAAGAAUUUCUGGAGAAGUUUAUGGAUGGAAGUGCUAAGAAAGCAAAUAAUGGGGGUGACUGGGUACUAUUUUGGGGGAAGACGGCCUUGUAG